CAUGGAGUGGAGUAGGAGAGCUGUCCCUGUCUCUGGGAUUUUCCUACUCUUUCUGAGGGUCACGGUGCAAAUAGACAACGUGGCAUUGAGAGGAGUGGCUGCUCAGUCAUCACAGUUUUCGGAUCGCAAUGCUCACUAUGCAAUUGAUGGGAACAGAAACACAAACUAUGGAUCCUGCUCCCACACUGCACAGGACACCAACCCCUGGUGGAGGGUGGACCUGCUGGAUGUGUACAAAGUGACAGCUGUCACCAUCACCAACAGAGAUGAAUGUCCUGAGAGGCUUGAUGGUGCUGAGAUCCGUAUCGGUAACUCACUGGAGAACAAUGGCAUCAACAACCCCAGAUGUGUUGUCAUCUCCCACAUCCCAGCAGGAGAGACCAACACCUUCCAGUGUAAUGAGAUCGAGGGUCGCUAUGUUGUUGUGGUCAUCUAUGUCAGGAAGGAAUAUCUCACUCUGUGUGAAUUGGAAGUAUAUGGCACUCCUGCAGUAAAUGUAGCAUUGAAAGGAGUGGCCAGCCAGUCAUCACUGAAUGGGUAUGGCAAUGCUCACAAUGCCAUUGAUGGGAACAGAGAUUCAGACUAUUACAAAAGAUCCUGCACACACACUGAACAGGAGACCAACCCCUGGUGGAGAGUGGACCUUCUGGAUGUGACCAGAGUGACAGCUGUCACCAUCACCAACAGAGGAGAUGUUGUUCCUGAGAGACUUGAUGGUGCUGAGAUUCGUAUCGGUAACUCACUGGAGAACAACGGCAUCAACAACCCCAGAUGUGUUGUCAUCUCCCACAUCCCAGCAGGAAAGACCUACACCUUCCAGUGUAAUGAGAUGGAGGGUCGCUAUGUUGUUGUGGUCAUCCCUGGCAGGUCUGAGUGGCUCACACUUUGUGAGGUGGAAGUAUUUGCCACAGUCAAACCUCCAGAGUCUUCCACAGAAGCCCCCAAGUCAAAGAGAACGGUGGUGAGGAUGAAGAUCCAAUCAGAUGCUGAUCUGACAAACCAGGCAGUCGGUGACCAGCUACUACAGCAGCUGAAUGUAGAGCUUGUGAAGCAGGGGGUGUCUGACUUUCAACUGCUCUGGAGGACUCAGCCAGGUCGACACAUUUUCCACCGUGAGAAAGAAGAGAAGGAGGGUGGACCCACAGACAGGUGUCUGUGGACCUGAAGAGGGCUAGCCUGGUGAGAGACUCCAAUGAGAAACAAUAGUUUUAAGAUUGUCAUCAAUACAGUCCAAUCAACCGACCGUAAAACUUCAAUUAAACGACGAGUCUCAAAUAGCCGCCUGUCCCUUUUAAUAUCCAGGCAACGGCACACAUUUCAGCAAAUAAAUUCCUGUUUCAAAUUAAAUGAAUUAAAUUAACUAAAGUAAUUGUUUACGAUGUUACCAUGAAUUACCGUGAAUUGUUUCCAAAUAGUUUAAUUCAGUAAUGACUGAAAAAAAUGAUGCCAAAAAUACAUUUUUUAUCGACAGUAAGCAACUUCUAGCCAUGGGCUGAUAACAGCUAAGAACUGCUAUCUAACUGGCAAGCACAAAAGCAGUCAACAUCUUUGAGGGUACAGACCCCCAGAAAGCAUCUGAUUGCCCUCUAGUGGUGAACGUAGGAAUUGCCUUAAAUGCACAGUCAAAGAGGAGAAUAACUUUCUGUCAAGGAUUCUUUUUUAUUUUUAUUAUAAAAGCCUACCAAGAUAAACCAAGUGUGAUACAGUGUGUAAAUGGUAACACAUUAGUGAAAUAAAUUAAUAAAAAUGCUGGUAGUGAAUUCUGGAAUUAAACAAUGAACUAUGCAAAUGAGUAAAAGCUGUGUGCGUUAAGGAACUAGACGCCUGGCUGAAAUAGAAGCCUGUAUCUGUUGUGUUCAGUGAUUGAAGCAAAUAAACUCUGGGGUGAUUCAUUGAAGUUUUACGGUAUUUGAAUGUAUGUAGAAACAACAUUAUUCUUUUCAACAUGUAAAAGUUAAUAUGCAGUUUGGUUCAUUUUUAUUUCAAAUAAUGAACAUGGUUUAGUCAAGUAUAUUACUUCAAGCCUCAAUUCUUUUGACGAACCAAAGCAGCACCAAUGAGUUAGCCAGCCAACUUUGAAAAACAACCAAAAUAAAGACUGAUUUUCAGGUA